AUGGGCAGAUUCAACAUACCUUGGAUUAUAAUAUUUACAGUAACACCUAUUAUAGGUGGUUUCAUUGGAAGUAUUUUUGUUCGCAAAAAUAUCAGUGGAUGGUACGAGACAUUGAAUCUACCAUCCUGGAGGCCUCCAAGUUAUUUAUUUGCUCCGGUUUGGACUACUUUGUAUUUAGGAAUGGGAUAUGCCUCAUACUUGGUUUACCGUAGUGGAGGUGGAUUUUCUGGUGAAGCAAAAAUUCCUUUGGCAUUGUACGCAUCACAAUUGGUUUUGAAUUGGGCAUGGCCACCUUUAUUCUUUGGGCUCCAUCAGUUAAAAUGGGGUUUAGUUGAAAUUUGUGUUUUGUGGAUAAACAUAGCUGGUUGCAUCGUAACUUUUUAUAAAAUAAACAAAGUGGCUAGUUAUUUAAUGAUUCCAUACUUAGGUUGGGUGUCAUUUGCAACAGCAUUGUCAUAUUACGUAUAUAAAAAUAACCCUGAAAUAUCAGACAAAAGUUAA